AUGCAACAGUUUAAUUGCCUUCGUGUAGACUCUGAUGGCAUAUGCACUGAAUGUUAUGGUGUAUUAUAUCCCAAUCGAAACAACAACACUUGUGUCAGUGGUAAUUAUAUAGAAGGAUGUUUGAAGUAUAACAACACUGAAACGUGUACUUUAUGCGAUGACAAGUAUUAUUUGGAUGACAACAACACGUGUUCAAAGUGUAUCGACAAUUGUUCUAAAUGUACAUACGCGUCACAAUGUUCUGUGUGUGCACCGGGGUUUUACACUUCUUUUAAUAAACAAUGUGAAGAAUGCACAUUCAACGAAACAACAAAUUGCACAAGUACAACGCCGAUACUAGCGUGUUCAUCGUGUAACAGGCAUUGUUCCUAUAACGAUGCAAAUUCCGAGUGUUAUGAAUUUGACAGUCAUUGUCAGACAUUUUUUGAGAACAGUGAUUAUUGUGAGACUUGUGAAAUGGGGUACGGAUUAUCAUACGACACCAAAUCGUGUUAUGAAAUCCCUGCAAACCGGUGUCGAUCGACUUCGCACAAUUUAAAAGGGGAAAUAGUAUGCACUGAAUGCUUCUCGGGCUAUUUCUUGACAUCUUCAUACACCUGCGAAUUGUGUUCUGCAGAGUGUAAAACGUGUGUAAACACGUCAACUACUUGUUUUGAUUGUCAAAAGAAUUCCGCGCCAAUUUCAUCAAUGUGUCGCCUAUGCGAUGUGAAACAUUGUUUAGAGUGUUCCAAGUAUUCUGAGGUGUGUGAAGUGUGUGCUUCAGGCUAUGAACCCAGUUCUGGAUAUUGUAAGGAGAGUUCAUGUAUCAAGCGGAAUGAGUAUAAUGAUUGUUUGUUAUGUCAACCAUUGACUGUAGAUGCGCUUUAUUCUUUACCGGAUGACAAAGGAAGAUGUCUAAACAGAGAUGAUGAUGAUAACUCUUCAGCAGGCUUAAUGAGUGCUUCAAUAGGUCUAUUGAUCCUUGUGUUGUUACUUUUGUGA